GGCGGGGAUGUAGGAGGUGGCGGAGGAGAGAGGAAGCAGGAGAAGUGAAAAUGAUGGCGACCGAAGCGGGGGAGAUAAGAGCUCACACAAGCCCCUGUCCCAACCCCGACUACAACCUCAGCCCUCUGUCCAUCAAAAUAACGCGGAAAAACCAGGACAGACACUGGAGGUUGCGGUGCAUUCAUCUGCAGUGCUACUUCCUGACCAUCGCAACAAUACUAGGAACUGGAAUCUUAGGUCUUCCAGUCACUAUAGCACAUGCUGGCCUGGUGCCCUUCCUGGUCUCCUUUCUGGUUGGCUUCUUUGUUCAGGCCUUGCUCAUUUAUCUGUUUGUGGAACUUCUCCAAAAAUGUCAAGUGGUCCAGCUGGACUCUCUAAAGACAGGUGUCGCAGAGUGUAUUGUGAUGGAUCAAGUGAGCCCAGAAAAUCCAAUCGCACCAGAUGAAGAAGAGGAAGAAGAACUUGAAAAUGCAGAAGCUGAUACUGGUUUACUACAGUCCAGCUCACCAGCUCUGUGUGACCAAGCUGAGGACCUGCAACCCAACCUUCAUCUGCUUGGCUGCCUCUUCCUCUCCCGGCCCAUGAGCCAUGCUUUCAACUGCAUUCUCCUCUUCCAAUUUAUAUCAAUUGGGAUUAGCUAUGUGUUGGCUGGCAGUGAGGCUUUUGCUGCUCUUCUUGGUAUCAGACACUUUUAUGUGAUCCCCGCCUUCACCUGGAUUCUGUCUCUGGCCAUCUUACUUGGCCACACAGUCAUUCAGCCCAUCACCUCGUUGUUCACCCUCCUCAAGGGAAUCCUGCUCAUUGUUACGGUGGUGGUGACAUUUGCAGUGGGCUCUGAGGUGGGCCUCCAGAGCAGCAGUGACUUCAGUCAGAUGGGGAAACCUUUCCUAAUGGGCACCGUAGCUCUAGGUGGGAUUGUGAAUGUGAUGCCUCUGCUAUUCUCUCAGAUCUCACACAACAAAACACAAAUCCUGUGGUUUCGGAGAGCAGUUCUUGGAGGUCUGACAACCUGCAUGGUUCUGAACAUUCUCUGGUGCUGGGCAGUGCUGGAGAUCGUCCCACAGACGUCGUCACCACAGAGGAGGAUGGCCACUGACACAACAACCUUGCCCACCUCCAGCAGCCCCCCGGCUCCUCCAUCUUCAGCCCACCCCCUGCUGAUCUCUAACGUCUCAUUGGAGGAGUCUGAAAAGGCUGGAGAGAUAGCUACCAUUCCAUUGACAAAGAUCAUUAAUGAGCGUUACAGGGCCUACUCCUGGGUGGCCCAGCUGAUCCAGGUGUUCAUCGCCAUCAGCGUCACUGUGUCCUUCCUGGUGAUGGGAUCCGCCAUGAAGCAUACCAUCGAUGGUCUGGUGAGCUCUGUGUGGAGCAGCCGGCUGCAGUGGCUGGCUGAAGCCUGGGAGAGAAACUCACCAAGCAAACACCAGCGCUGCUCCGCCAGGAGUUUCGCCCAACUCGGAUUUUCCCUGCUUGGAUUUGGGAUCAUUUUCAUUGUGUCAGUGUGUGAUCCCAGGGGUUUUGUUGUCAUGUUGGACAAAGUUGUCUCGUUUUCCCUCAACACUGAAGUGGGCCUGUUUGUGUUCAUCAUGCUGAGGGAGUCCAGAGAAGAGCGAUUCCAACACCUGGCCGUCCCUUUGCCAGUGGGGGAGUGUGUGUUCAGCCUCACCUGGCUGCUGCCCACGUACUUCCUGUUUGCAGUAACCUACGAUAUCCUGCAGACGUUGGCAGACGUGACCCAUUACCUGCCUUACUACGGCCCUGAGCCGGAGCUGCACGUCUACAACGUGACGGGAAGCGUCACAGCAGCAAACCUGUCCUCCUUCCUCUGAGCACUCCGACGUCAACACGCCACCAAGCUGCAGCGUAGCAAGUGCUUUCUUCUUCUUUUAUUUUUAACCAAUUUUUAAGGAACAGUUUAGCAUUUUUGAUAAAUAUUUCAUUGUCAUUGCACUGCACUUUCAUUCAAUCUACUUCUGCAUUCAGCAUGGCCUAAAACAGCCUCAAGGGUGUUUUCCCUUCUCCUCCCCACCAGAGCCUCAUGGACAAAAGCUGGUGUGGAUUUUCUGAAGGAAACGCAAACAACCCGAGUUUUUACAGAUAGAAACAGAGAUGAGUAAACUGGCUCCAAAAAACUCUGAGAUUUUGAAAUGAAUCUCAGAAACUUUCUAGAAAAAAACUGGAAAUUUCUGAGUUUCAAAAGGUAAAAAUGUUCAACGUUUGAAUCUCAGAAAAUUUUCAAAUGUUAAAAGUUUUAGACUUUUGAAACUCAACAUUUUGACUUUUGGAAUGUUUACCUAGAACAUUUCUGAGAUUGACCUCAACAUUUGAGUUUUUUCUCUCACAAUUUUCCGACUUUUGGAGCUCAAAAAAAUAUUUGUUUUUUUGUAGAAAAUCUCUGAGAAUAAUCUAAUUUCUAAUUUCUGAGUUUUUUGUUGUUUUUUUUUUUUUGUCAGAAAUCGACUCCUCCUUUUUUUCUAUCUACAAAUGGCCCUAAUAAUUCUUUGUACGAGUCAGCUGUAGGAAGCUGUGCGUACACAUGAAUUCAUGUAGAUUUCUUUGAUAAAUCCAUAUGGAACUGAAAGCACAACACUAAAUGAUUAAAUAUGUGAAUGCAUGUAAGUAUGCAUCUGUCAGCCAACAGUAGUAGAUGCAGGAAGCAGAGGAACUUGAAGGAAUUGGAGUCUCAGACAUUUCUAGAUGAGUUUGAGGCAUGAAGAACAUUUGUCUUGUCUUCUGCUAGCGUUAGCAGGCAGCAGUAAAUCAGUGGGUGGAACAGUCGGCCUGUUUAUAUUCCACACACCGUUCAUACACAGCACAGAGUGCCUGGAGACAGCGCCUCCUACUGAUGAGUAUAUUAUGCGUUGUAGAGAGCGGUUGUUUCCUGACAGUGGCUGAGAUGAUUCAGAGGACACAAUGUUGGCUAAUAAUGAAAAUGCUAUUUGACAUUUGUCUUUGUAGGGAUUCUGUGAAGAAUCAGAGAAAUAAUUCUUCAUCAUGUCUGAUAAACUCUCCUCAUGGAUUUGGAUUAGAAACUCGUUGAAGUGAAAUGUCAACGUUGCUGUCUGGGUGCAUUUCUGGAUAAAACACAACACACAUUCCUGACCAAUCACAUGACACCACACACACACACACACACACAGCUCUGUCUUUUUGACCCGGCCUGGUGAGAAGAGGAGAACCUGUGAACUAGAGGACGAAUUUUUCAUCACACAAUUCUGUCAAUGAGAGCCGCUGUGGAUGAACGUUUUCACACAGAGUCUGUGUGAUGUCAUGUGUGAUUGGUCAGACGUUUAUGGCUGUGUUUUAUCCACAAAUGCUCUUCCAUCACUGUUUGUGGGUGUCGCUUGUGCAUCAGAUUUACGGGUGUACAAGAAACACAAAACCAAGGUUCCUGCUCUGGGUUUUUGUACGGAAGAUAACAAAAAUGGGAUGAAUUGCGCUGAAAUUUUUAAGACAUUAAAAUACACACGUCUGUCUGUCUGGAUGGAUGGUGUGUACACCCCUUCCUUCCAGGCCAUUAAUACUUUCUCAUGCCCAUCAACAAGACGAUGUGAAUAUUUCGUUUUGUACUUUGAUGGGGCCAGUGGCAUUCCUCUGGCUGAUUCCUCUGGCUGAUUCCUCUGGCUGCCAGUCUUUGUACAUGAGGCCCCAGUCAAACUGGUAAAGUCCAGUUUGACUUUACCAAACUGGAACUAUUUGGAGUGGGGUUCCUCCUCUCCUCACUUGCUGCCAAACAUUGAAUAAUCCAUCUUUAUGCACGUUUAACUGAUAUUUGCCAAGGACUGUAGACAAGGAGACACUGAGUCAUUCAGAAGACAUUAUGUAAUAUUGUUUGCCUUCUGGUAUUAUGUAAAAUUAUCUCUAUUUUUUAUAUUGCAUAAUAUUAUAAUGUUAUUCCCUCAUCAAAAACAUACCUGUAAUGUUGCUUUGUUUCUUUCAUGCAUGUUUGAGAAAUCCUUAGAUCUCCAUGGCAACCCUGUGGGGUGCCCAAAUGCUCAGUCUGACAAAGUGCUGCCUAUUUUCAUAAAGCUCCUCCUCUGAGGUUCAGUCUCCAGCUGAGCCUUCCCCUCCCCCACUCAGCUCCUUCAGACUAGCGGCAGCAGCAGUUAGCAGACCCCUAGUGGAACUGCACAUCUUCUGAACUUCCAACAACUGAUGUAAAUGGCAUAAUGGAAGAGUAUUGUUACAAGUGAAGUGUAUCAGAGCGGUUUGGCCUCCUAAUAUUUUCACCUGAACGUUGGGCUCAGAAUCUGCUGAUGGAAGGAUGAACAGUUCACCACCUGAAUCCUCUGGAAAUGAACUUUGAACUUCUGAAACACUGACUGGAAAGUUGGGUCGAAAUGACAGCAGCUCAAGACCUGAGCAGUCAGUGUAGGACGACUAGCCGCUCAUUAACUGUCAUCUGUAGUAGAGCAUUAGGAAACCUCCAGAUUGUGACAUUAUUUUAAAAUGAAUUUAAAAAAAAAAACAUUUUAGUGAAGAGUUCAGUCAGUGAGGUCAUUCAUCCUGUAAACGGGAGCCUCUGAUGGGUCUAUAUGCUGGUCGUGGUGCAGUCCUGUCUGGGAACGGAGACACUCUGGACCUCACUCACAACAACAGUGUCCUUCAAAAGUCCUUGAAGGGAAAAAUGUUUAGGAAAUGCAGAAAAAGCAGGUGCUCAGUGGAAUGAGCCAAGAAAACCCAGAAAAUCACUGAAACAAUAUUGGGUCAAAAACUAUUGGGUAAAAGUGUAACAUUUCUCACCAGUCACCUCAGAAACUUUUGAAAUAGCAAAAAAUUAAAACUUAAUGAAUCUCAACAAAAAGUGCAUCACUUUCUGAGACAACUGGCAAGAUUACUAUGACACUAUUAUAAUUACAAAUUGAGACAAAAGCUCCACACAGUCACAAUGUUGAAAACAAAAGGUUACAGUUUGCCAAAGAACAAAGUGACCUUGAAUUGUGGUUUUUGGGCGUUUUGAGUGGAACGUUAUGCUGAACGCUGGCGCUGGUUUCAUAUGGUGGUGAUGUAUGGUGAUGUUUUAUAAUCACGCUGGGAUUAAUAAAGUGUUUUUAAUAACUGAA